UCCUAUAACCCAAGGCUUUGUGAAGGGUGAAAAUAUUCUUUACGGAAAGUGAACUUUGUUCACGACUCUAUCAAUACUUAGUCACCCAGUCUCGGGCUUUUGUACAUACACCCUAGUUGAAAAAUUUCUAACAAUCGUAAAGAAUAUUUAUCUUGUACGAUAGCUCACACUUCUCCUUACAAGGAACCAUCUCUUCAUGGAAAAAUUGAGAAAUUUGAUGGGGAACAUUUCUUUCGAUGGUAAAAGAACAUGUGUUUUCUUUUUACAACUUUCAAGGGGGGGGGGGGGGGUAUGUGAUUAGUACCCCAUGUUUGGAAGGUAACUUGGAGGAAGGGGCCAACAAUGAGGAAAUGAAGAGACGACUUCGUAAAAUGAAGAAAGUGGCAAAAUGACAACUACCUUUGUGUAGGACACAUACUCUAUGGUUUUCAAACCCCCUAUUUGACAUUUACGAAAUGUAUGACAAUGCCUCUGAGCUUUGGGAUGCAUUAGAGGCAAAGUAUUUGGAUGAUGAUGCAUCAACCUAGAAGUUUCUUGUAAGUAAUUUCAACACUUACAAGAUGAGCGAUUCUCACCCAGUGAUGGAGAAAUAUAACGAAUUGCUCCGAAUCUAUGGUCAGUUUACUCAACACAAUCUAAACAUGGAUGAGGUGAUCACUGUGUCGAGCAUAAUCGAGAAAUUACCAUCUUCUUGGAAAAACUUCAAGCAUAUGCUUAAACACAAGAAGGAAGAGUUGGAUUUAACUCAACUCAGGGUGAAAAAAGGUGUGAAGCCAAAGGAAUCUGCAUCGGUUCGCAUGAUGGAGAUUGGAGAGUCUUCUUCCCAGAAGAAGGGGAAAAAACGUUCUCGUGACAAGGGCUACAACUCAUCUAAGGUCGACAAAAACAAGAAGGCUAAACCUACUUGUUAGAAUUGGGGGAAAAUGGGGCAUUUCAAGUGUGAUUGUCUCGUCGAAAAAUCAAAGAAUAGUGGCAAUUAUCAGGUUGGGCAAGGAUCUAACGAUCAAGGCCCACAAAGUCGUAUUUCCAUUUUUUAUUUUGAAUUUGUCCAAAUUCGAGUAUGAAUUAUGUUUCACUAAUUAAUUAAGCAUAUUUUGUACAUGAUGAUGAUGUUGCUUGGUGGGUGUACUCUAGAGCCGAAAUACAUGUAAGCAAGGAUCGUAAUUGUUUCAAAACUUAAAAACUAGUGAAGACGGUUGUGUUCUCCAUAUGGGCAAUGAGUCAACUGCUCCAGUUGAAGGACGCGGCACCGUGGAGUUGGAAUUUACUUUCGUAAAGACUCUUGUACUUAGGGAUGUGUCACAUGUACCUAAGCUUAGAAAAAAUUUGAUUUUUAGAAGCGUACUAAAUAAACUUGGUUGUUCUUA